UAGUUAGACAUCACUUUCACUCAAUGAUCAAAAUUGCCUGAGGUAUAACUUUGUACCGUUGGACCAAAUUAAUUAAAUUCAGAUAAUUCAAUCAAGGAAUAUUAAACACUAUUUAGUUUGAUUACUAUAUUCAUCUCGUACCCGUUAUGAAAAGUAGAUACUCAUGGAUAGAACAUAAGUUCGUAUCUGUACUUAAUAAUCGCACAGGAUUGGUAACGUAGGUGUUAGAACUCCACAAUACAAACAAUGAGGAUCUUUCAUUUCCAGCGUUUUCUCAGUAUUAUUUAUGGAAUACUGAAAUAUAUGGCAUUUGGAAUUGCUAUAUACAGUUUAUACUACUCAACCAAUCCCAACCAAAUCACCACUGAACCAGUAGAUCGUGUGCGUCGUGUUACAAAGCGUAUCGACUCUGAACAUCAGUCGAACAGGCAACAUUUUAAAUCAGGUUUUGAACACGAUGCUUCGCGUGGAGAGUCGUAUGCCAUUGAAACAAUUCAAAACAAUAAAACUUCGGUGCAGGACAAUUUAGCUCGGAAAACCCUAGAAGUUGUCAUUGUUACUGCCGCCAGCGCCAGGUACUUUUACGCACUAAAAAACUUCGUAGGUUCCGUCCAUUACUGGGAGAGAAAAAGACGGAUUGCCGUAUUUAACAUUGGUCUAACACAAGCUCAGGUUGAGCAAAUCAAAUACUGGUGCAAUGUCGACAUACACUGGGAAUGGGGGAUACCAAGAAGCAAGAGAAUGGCGUCAAAGGAUCCAUGGGAAUUUAACUGGAAACCUUUUGUAUUAACCGAGGCAAUAGAUACAUACUCUGCAAUACUUUACAGUGACGCUGGUUCAGAUGUACGUGCUCCAUUGGAUUCAAUAGACAACAUUCUCUUGAAUGAUAAAUACUUCUUCGUCAAUGGACAAGAUCUUGACAUGACUUCAUUAGGGCAUGAGGAAACGUUCAGAUAUUUUGGUAAGAAUAAAUCACAAAGUAUAUUCAAAAAUAAACCAAGUUACGCUGGAGGUUUGCAGGGUUACGUUAAAUCUUACAAAAUAGACAAUCUCAUCAUAAAACCGUUGUUAGAAUGCGCUAGAUCUACACGCUGCAUGAGUCCUAAAGGAUCCAGUAGUAUAAACCACAGAUACGAUCAGACAGCACUUUCAAUUAUUCUUUAUUCUUCGGGACUACAGAUAACGGCACACACUGAAUUUAUCACAACCUCAAAACAAGACUUAAAUCCAGACCCCCUCAGGAAAAGUGAAUACACCAUUUACACCGGAAGGAAAACAAGUAAUGACUUUAUUGGUAAACUGUGCUUCAAACAACCCAAAAUGGUACCAUUUACCAUGAAAAAGAACCAUAAAACGAACCAUCAAUUAUCGAAUCAUUACACAUCAACACAAGUUUUGAUGAAUAAGCACAAUUCAAAUGAGAUUGACAUCCAAGGAGAUUCAGAACGCAUUCAGACAACUAAUGCUCCAAAAGGAAAGUGGAUAAACCAUAGUGUGUUUCUACGAGCUAAACAAAUUGCAGCAAUGUCAGUUCGAAAACCUUAGUGCCGUACUCUUUAGGAAAUUACGAUGUGAAUAGUGUUCAGCAAAAGUGUGAAAAGACGAUUUUUUUUAUUUCUGUUUCAUCCAUUUAAAAAUUACAUUUACAAUGCUUGGAUUUUGCAACAUUAUCGGCAAUUUUAAAGAUGAACAACAUUGAAAUCACACGAAAUACAAUAGAAAAUGUUGAAAUGAGGAAUCUGUUAAAAGCUUGCCGGGGGGGGAGGGGGGGGGCAAAGCAUGUUAGCCAAAAAGUGAAUGGUUAAUAUUGAAUUAUAACAUUCACACCCCGAAAAAUAUACUGGCUAUAACUUCUAUCAACUGUUCAUUCUCCAAUUUAGUGAAUCAACUAUAUCCAAAUAAUAAAUAUUGAUCUCUUCCUUCUGGAUUGAGGUUUUGGAAGAAAUCAAAUAGCAUUUUGAUACAAAAUUAAACCUUUUUGAAUAUUCUUUCAUUCUAGCAUUCCAUGUUAUUGGUCUAUUUCCAA